GAAAUUCCCUGAGAGCAGGUAAACUACAUAGACCAUAAUUCUUUGCAGCAGGAUAAGGCGGGGCUUAGAGGUUAAAAUGGCACUGUCGGCCAUUUUAUUAUUUCUUUGUUUGGCAUGGUCUGAGGAUUUGAACCUCUUUUGGAUUGUGGACUGAGCUUCCAAUGGAUGUGUGUUUGUAUAAAACAUCCAUCCUGUGUAUCCAUCCUGUAGAUACAACCAUCCUGUAUAAUCUCUCCAUUCACCCUAUGUCUCCCUACAUCAUCUUCCUUCCUCCAUCCAUCCUUUCCUCAGCCAUGCAUUAACUGUCCAUUCAUACACCUGCUCUGCCUCAUCGUGAAAUAUGCUGUGACUCUGAGAAUAAACUGCAUCAGUUGAAGUUCUGUUCAUCCUCCUGUGUUUUAAUGGACACACCAUCACGACAGCCACCCUUCCACCAAAUGCAAUCCAACUAAACUUUACAUGGUGCCGAAACCCGGGAAUGGCAGUUAUGAUGGAUACAGAUCAAGAGAACAGACGAUCCACACGGCAGAGAAGGCCUCCAACCCAUCUUCAGCAAUAUAACGUCGAGUCAGUGGGCUUUGGAAAGCCACAGGAACCCUGCACCACUAAUCCAAGGCCUUCAGCUACCCAUCUUAAACCUGGAGGUAGAGGGAUCACGAAUCCUGCCCCAGCACAACAACAAUCUGACCUCAAGGAACUACAGGACGAGGUAUGCAGCCUGAAAGAGACAAUAAAACUACUUGUUGAUCGUAUGGGAUCCCUGCAUAUUUGUAACAGAGACUCUGAGUCAGUAAAUGUUUCUGAAGAUUGCAUUAGCUCUGAUGAUGACUUUGAUGUUGAUUACUCCCAACCUGCACAAAGACCUCAUAGUUGUGUAGAAUUUCAAUGUUCUAUACCUGAAGAGAACAGAGUUAGAAGUUCAUGUUCAGCCCCAUCUAGAUUAGCUUUUCCCCAUCCUGCCUCCCAAUCUAGUUCUGUACAGCCUCAGCCUUUGAUUGCACCCCAGUCUAGUGUUGUGCCUACUCAUAAUCCCCAGCCUAGGCCUCAGCCCCUUCAACCUUAUCCUGCCUUUCCAUCUAGUUCUUUACAGCCUCAGGUUUCCUCUCAGUCUGGUGUUUUGCCUCCUCAUAUCCCUCAGUCUAGCUCCCAGCCCCCUCAACCUCAGCCUGCCUUUCCAUCUAGUUCUGUACAGCCUCAGGUUUCCUCUCAGUCUGCUGUUUUUCCUCCUCAUAUCCCUCAGUCUAGCUCCCAGCCUAGCUCCCAGCCUCCUCAGCAUUAUCCUGCCUCCCCAUCUAGCUCUUUACAGUCUCAGCCUCAGCCCCACACAGCUUUCCAGUCUGGUUUUUUGCUUCCUUGUAAUCUCCAAUCUAACUUCCAGCCUGCUCAGUCUUAUCCUGCCCCCCAAUUUGAUCUUCCAACUCCUGCUGAUUCCCAGUCUAACCCAUUGCCUCCUUUGGCUUUACAGCCUGGUCUUUUAGUCCAACCUGCUCCCCAACCCAUUCCUUCAGUACAGCCUGCUCCUGUAUCCAACCUUUAUGUCCCUCCUCUACCUGGCCUACAGCUUCCAACUGCUCCUGUACAUAGCUUUUAUGCGCCUCAGGCUCACUAUACCAACUCUCCUUCCCAAACUCCUGUUACUAGCCAUUAUUCAUCCCGUAUAGUUACUCCUUCCUUUCCUGAUUUUCGCAGUGAUGACCCAUAUGAAUUCAUUAUGUUGAAAAUGGCAUUAGACAACUUGGUACCCCCCUAUGAGUCUGAGAUGUUUAAGUAUCAUGUUUUAUUGGACCACCUUUUGCUACCCUCUGCUCGCUACAUAGCAUUAUCAUAUGCCCAUGACCCACAACCGUACACCAAGUCAGUAGCAGCUCUUGAACAGCAAUAUGGUCAGCCACACCAUCUUGCCCUGAGAGAGAUAUCCUCUAUUUUGCAACUCCCUCGAAUACGUCCAGGAGAUUCAAAGGGUUUUCAUGCCUUUGCCCUUAGAGUACAAUCCCUAGUGGGAAUGCUUCAAUCACUAGGUCCAGGAGCUGGGACAGCAGAGUUGUCUUGUUCAUCCCAUGUCCAACAAUUAUUAAGCAAAUUACCUACUGACCAAAUUGCAAACUAUGCACGGUACGCCCAGUUACACCAUCCCCAUGUCCAGUACAACUUAAUGCACUUCAGUGCUUGGCUUCAAGGAGAAGCCCAAUGCCAAGCUCUAGCAUCUGGUGUUUUGGGUCCACACCUUGGUGUUCUUCAUGAAGCAAACAGGAAAACAGAUGAUUUAGUCCCUCAGCAUUCGUCCUCCAAGGUACUCUACCUGAACCCAUCAAGCUAUUCCCCCAAAGUGCUUCUGAAGAUGGUAAAGGUCAUUCUGAGUUACAAAGAUUUUGACAAUGCCAUGCCAAUGCUACUCAUCGGAGCAGACAACACUUACCUGAUAACUGCCAUAGAAGAGGUGAGGGCUGGACCCCCUGGAACCCCUGUGGCCAUUCACACACGAUUGGGAUGGACCCUGCAAGGACCAACUUACCUACACAAGACAGAUUCAGCCCAGCUGCUGCUGGGGGGUCUUCAGCAGAGCUGCUGA